GGGCUGUUUUGGAUUUCUGCGGCAUAGGAAAUACUCAGAGAAAAAUCACUCUCAGAAAGGACUUUUCCUGUUAAGGAAGCCUCUUUGGCUUAGGGAUAUGUAUAAACCGCUGAGUGCUACCCGCCAGAAAAACAUGGCCAAAAAGCUACACGACAAGACAUCUUCUAAUGAGGAUGAGAGGGCGCUCCGUGAAUCAGCCCGAAUACAGGACUCCGUGUAUAUAGAUAUGCCUGAUGGGGGAGAGGAAAGCGAGGUGUCCGAGGGGAACACAGAGUGACCCUGUCCUGCCUCAGGCCACCUGCAAAUCUUAUUUUCUCACCUUUCAGCACUGCAUGUGGAAUACUUUUUUUAAUUGAAAGUUAUUGAAUUUCAGUGUAAUUCCUAGGUUAAAGAAUAAGUCACUAUGAAUAUUGCCAUAUAUUUAGAACUAAAUAAUUAAAAACUGCAUUGUAUUAAAAUUUGUGGGAUGCAAAUAAAGCAGUACUUAUACAUAAAAAAAAGAAAGUUAUUAAAAUUGAUAAGUAAUUCUAGCCAUAUGGUAAGAAAUUAAAAUGUAAAUACUUAAAUACUUAUAUGUAAAUAACAAGGGCCAUGGGCAAGCAAAGUGGGACUAAAGGUGGGAUCUCUCACGGGAGCCAGUGGUCCCACAAGAGGCAAUGCGAAUAAAGGAUGAACACGG